AUGAUAGCGCCGGUGGAUGUUGAGCGUGAGAGCAUUCUUGCUGCAACCAGGUUCGCAACUAAUGAGAUUCUCGAAUAUAUAAAUCAUUUCAAAAUAUCAUGCGUUCAAAUUGACACUCAUGACCAAACUCCGAACACCUUUUGUCAGAUAGUUUCUCGUCUUUUAUGCAUAAUUGAAAAUGGGGUCUGCCAUGGCCUAAAGUUGACCGAACCAAACUCGCCUAAUUCACCGGAUCCAUGGCCGAUUCUGAGUUAUGCUAAGUUUGACGAACAAUGCCAGCACAAUCAUGAUGAAAUUGCUCGAAAUAUUAAGACUGGGCUUGGCAGGGCUCGAUUUUGGAUUCGACAAUCACUUGUGUGCAAAAAACUCGGGUCAAACUUGUUGUCGGUCGUGGAAAGGAAAAAUGAACCAUGCAUUCCUGCUAACUCAAUCAAUCUCCCAAGUAAUAGUAACACAGGUUUCUGUUCUUUUGCGGAACUUUACUCCAAAGAUUCGCUUCUAAUGACUGCAUCGGGAGUUGCUUUCGUUGGUAUUCUUAGCGGUUUAGAUGUUAUUGAUUUUUCCUAUAUUCCCGAAGAUGAUUUCACUCAGCUAGAUCUCCCUCUAUUUCCAAUUGACUAUGGCUCUUGUAUAAAAUUUUAUUCCCACGACACAAACGGUUCUUCAUCACCAGAUAAUCAGGAUGACAGUCUUUCAUCUUUACUUGAAAAUAAACGGAGCCUUGAAGAAGAACUUGCUACCAAUCAAUCGACUUUGGGUAGCCUCACGAAAAUGCUCAAACGUUUCAAACUUGAAAAUGAAGCCUUGAAGCUUUCUAAAGCGGACUUGGAAUCUGAAAUUUCUAAAUUGAAAAUAAACAAUGAGAAACUAUCGAAUCUGUAUGUUCGACAGACAAGGGAGAUGCAGAGUGAGCUAGAUGCCGCUAAGCGCUCGAAUCUCUUCCACGGCAGUCAGAAAGCUGAACUGGAAAGGCAAGUUAGCGAAGAAAGGAGACGUCGACUUGAAGUCGAGAAUGCUUUAUCAGAAGAGAAGGAGGCAAGAAUUGCCAUGGAAACUGAAAUAUCACGUCUACAAACUUUUAAUAUCGAAAGAGAGACUUCCCUAACAGAACAUCGCAAUCAGAUCGCUGAGAUGGUGAAGUUGAAUAAAGAAUUUUCUGAAAAGCUUCGGAGUGUGACUGCGGAACUUGAGGCCACCAAUAAACGUGCUGCCGAUCUUCAGGAGAAGGUUGAUGGAAUGUCCUCUGUUUUGACUGCGAUGAAUGAAAGAUGUCAUCAGUUGAAGGAUGAGAAAGAGGCUAACGAGAGAACCAUGAAAGAGGCCGUUGAAAGGGCUAAUCAGGCAGACCGACAGUGUGUUCAGUUGCAUGCUGACCUUGAGGCGAAUAAAGAAACCACUCAGAAUUUGCAGUCGCAGUUGGAAGAGGUGUAUACUGAUUUGGUUAGCAUCAAGGCUCUGCAGGAGAACUUAGAUCGAAAAAGUCAAAGUUUGAGAGAACGCGAUGCGUUAAUCUCUGACCUGCAGCGACGAUGUGGUGAGGCAGAGCAAACCCUGUCGGAGAUGUCAAAUGUGCUUGAGGUGGCCCGACUACGGGCAGAGCAUGCAGAGGAGCGUGUUCGCAGUCUUUCAACAGCUAAGUGGAUGUCUGACUCUGAAGCCACCUCUUGUGCCCUCUGUGAUGCUCGUUUCUCCCUAUCUAAACGAAAGCACCAUUGUCGAAACUGUGGUUUGAUCUUCUGUCAGGAGUGUUCUUCCUUCAAGAUGCCACUGCCCAGUUCCUCAAAACCGGUUAGAGUUUGCGAAACAUGCCACAAUCAACUAAUGGAACGUUACGCCGUGAUGCGGUGA